AUGCAAGCUGUCAGCAGGGAAGAGUAUCGCACUAUUCUCUCGUCGAUGGACGUGGAUAUACCAGCCGAUAGCAAGCUGGCCGAAAAGGCUCUGGAAAAGAGGCUCAGAGCCACGCUGAAGGCCGCACAGGAUAUGGAGCACACUGUGCCCGACGACCUGCCAGUGAACCCGGUAGCUCUCCCGGCAUGGUCAGGAGGCGCUAUUCAGAAGGCUUCACGCCGUGCCACCCUUGAGGAAGCAAUAGGGGCUACUAUAACCAAGGAUGGUGUCUUGGACGUCUUCACAGAGCUCAGGCAGGUCGUAGCAGACUUCCAGCGCAAUUGGGACAAUAGGAUGAAAAGUGUCGUUGUUCGCGGUCGGGAAGGGUCGGCGGCGAUCAACCUACGAAUGGUCUCCGUUCAUGCCCUGGACGACAGAACACCUCUCAUAACCGUCCUCUACGAUGUCUUUGACGACCGACAACCGGCGAAAGCGCUUGCAUGGUUGGAUGCGCAAGACCGAUCAGGCGGCAUCCAACCAAUCUUGUGCGCACCAUUGACGCAGAAGCUACUGCUGAAGAUGUUGGAGACAAACUCGAAAGUUCUCGGAGCCGAUUAUAAACCCAAGAAGCAUGAGAGCGAGAGGCUUUUCAAACGGAGCUGCUUGCUGCCCAUCGGGCCUGUUGGCUCUGAAGAUGUGGGCUCGCUGAACUCGCAGAACAAGGCGGGUUGCCUCAUGUGUGGCAAGCUUAAGACGCGCGUGUGCGGCAAAUGCCAAAGCGCCAACUAUUGCAGCGACGAAUGCCAGACGGCCCACUGGCCGGAACACCGACGCUUUUGCACUUCGGUUGCCGGUGGAACAUGGCGUACGUAUACGUUCGGGCCGACGCUGCAAGGGAUGGAAGGGAUGGUCAGCACGCUCCUCAACAAACGCACGCCGAUGCAUCGGUUCCCUGAACACUACCAGCACAAAGCGAACGACGUCGCACCUCCGGAUGUUCACCAGGGCAGACCGUUUCUAGUCAAGCUUCAAGCUGGUGCCGCGGUACUUGUUUACGAUCAGCAGCGGAGCUUCCAGGGAUAUAUUACAAGGGCCACCCAACCGACUAUCUACGACGAGAUGAUGGAAGAGAUGAAAACAGGGUACCUAGGCGCGAAAAUAUAUCGCUGGGCUCAACGGACCGGAGAUAACGAAUUGACGAUCUGCCUUGAUCGCGCCCCUCCUCAGGAUCCCAAAUGGUAG